ACUCGCGCGGAGGUUUCCCCGCCGGCCGCGUCCCGUCCGCUCCCUGCGAACCAGGAGUGCCCCCUGCGCGCCCCCGGGCUCCGCUCCGGCCCGGCUGCGCCAGACGCAGCUCUGCCCGACGGCGACAUGGGCGUCCCCCCAGUCCCGGAGGCUGGCAGCUGGCGCUGGGGGCCUGUGCUCCUCGCCUUCUUCCUGGCUGCCUCCCGAGGUCUGGUGGCAGCAUUCAAGGUCGCCACGCCGUAUUCCCUGUACGUGUGUCCCGAGGGACAGAACGUCACUCUUACCUGCAGACUCUUGGGCCCCCUGGCUAAAGGGCACGACGUGACCUUCUACAAGACCUGGUACCGCAGCUCACGAGGUGAGGUGCAGGCCUGCUCGGAGCGCCGGCCCAUCCGCAACCUCACGUUCCAGGACCUUCACCUGCACCACGGCGGCCACCAGGCCAACUCCAGCCAGGAUCUGGCCCAGCGCCAUGGGCUGGAGUCAGCCUCUGACCACCACGGCAACUUCACCAUCACCAUGCGCAACCUGACCCUGCUGGACGGCGGCCUCUACUGCUGCCUGGUGGUGGAGAUCAGGCACCGCCACUCGGAGCAGCGGCUCUACGGAGCCAUGGAGCUGCAGGUGCAGAGAGGCGAAGAAGCACCAUCCAAGUGCGCUGUGUACCCGCCCUCCUCCAAGGAGAGUGAAAGCAUCACGGCUGCUGCCCUGGCUACGAGCGCCUGCAUCGUGGGCAUCCUCUGCCUCCCCCUCAUCCUGCUCCUGGUCUACAAGCAAAGGCAGGUGGCCUCCAACCGCCGUGCCCAGGAGCUGGUGCGGAUGGACAGCAACAACACUCAAGGAAUCGAAAACCCUGGCUUUGAGACCUCUCCACCUUCCCAUGGGAUGCCAGAGACCAAGCCCAGGCAACCCCUGACGUACAUGGCCCGGAGGCAGCCUUCUGAGUCUGGGCGGCAUCUGCUCUCUGAGCCCAACACUCCUCUGUCUCCACCAGGCCCCGGGGAUGUCUUCUUCCCCUCCCUAGACCCUGUCCCUGACUCUCCAAACUCUGAGGCCAUCUAGACCAGCUGGGGGCCGUGGGCAGUUGUGGCUGGGCCUGGGGCAGGUGCAUUUGAGCUAGGGCUGGCCCUCUAAGUGGUCCCUCGGCCUUGGCCCUGGUUUCUUUCCUCCUGCUCUAAGCUCAGACUCUUCGAAAUACCCCUGAUGGCCAGACCCUCAGCCUCUCUGGAUGCUACGUGGCAGAAGGGAGAAGAUGAUGGAUCGCUCAGCCCCUGUCUCAAGGAUGGUGGGGUGCUGGGAUCCCGCCCCAGAGACCUGAAAUUCACCAGCUACUGAUGCCAAAUGACCUCCAUCUUAGAAGUCCCAGAACUGCCAGCUGUGUGGCAGCCUCUCUCCUGGGACAUAAGCCUUGGGACCUGACAGCAGAGAUGGGCACUGGGCAGACUCCCCAGUGCCACCCUCCAGGCAUGAGGGACAAGAUAGGACAAGAUGUGGAGAGACCCAGCUCCCCCAUCUCGCCUGAGACUGCUCGUCUGUCAAACCUCCUUGUAAUCAUGAGGCUCUGGGGCUGGGCCUGCAUGACCCUGGGCCGUGGGAGCCUUCCCCAGCUGCCUUCUAGCAGCCAACUCUGAGGAGCCGUCGGCAGGUUACACAAAUCUGGGGCUCCCACUGCCUGCACUCUGGUCCCCAGGAUUCAUUGGCCAGAAGCCCCGAAACAGGAAGUAUAUGCUGCGGCACGGUGGCCACUGUGAGCCAGCUGGCAUCUUGGGCAAUGGGAACCAGGCCGGAGGUUGCACCACCCACCACAGAUAGGAGUGGAGGGGAGAGCCAGGGGCCUGCUGGGAAGGUGAGAGGAGAGGGCUCCACCGCCUGCCCCCUGCGGUCGAGAGAGAUGGUGACCACAUAAUGUACUGCUCAACCUGUGGCACUCUUGGGGUGCUAUUCAAAACUACUUGGGCAACAGUGCAAAACCUGUGGGUGGAUCGUAAGAGCUGGGUUUAAAUCCCUACCCUGCUUCCGAGGUGCCUGAGGCCCUGGGAGCCCUCUUCCCCCACCGCCCAGUCUUUGGUCCUCUGUUCCAGUCAAUCUGUGCUGAGCCUUCACUGCAGUGUGAUCCUGUCGGGUGGCAGGAGCGGGCGUGUCCCUAGAAAGUCUUAUGCCCGCUCUGCUCUGGACCCUCUGCUCCAUCUCCCGCUUCAGGGCAUGACCCAAGUUUGUUUUUAUACACGUACAUGAGGGGAAUCCUUUGUGGAAUUUCGAUUAAAGAGUUUUAGAGCAUGGA